AUGAAAGCCCUAAACAUGGGGGCGGUUCUUUUGGCGCUUUAUAGGUCCUUCUUCGUUUUGCUGACCUACGCCCUAAUUCUGCAGUCCAUGUACCUCUGCCCCAAGUUCAUCUCAACUUUUGCAACGAAAGCGCGGGUGUCCUCGUACGCCUCCUUCUGGUUCUGCGCACUUAUGACUUUGUGGUGCCACGUCAAAUGCCUCAUCAAAAACACGGGGGUGUUAACAGGGGAGCCCAGCAAGACAGGGGAAGGAAUCGACGAACGGAAGGGUCACGAUGACAUGUGCGCGAAGUGUAACCUCUUAAAGGAAAAGAGGUCUCACCACUGCUCUGUUUGCAACCGCUGCAUCAUUAAAAUGGAUCACCACUGCAUUUGGAUAAAUGGCUGCGUCGGACAGCACAACCAGAAAUUUUUUAUCCUCCUCAAUUUCUACACCCUACUCAUGUGCACCAAUUGCGCCUUCAUCGUUAUGUACAAAAUGAUCUCGUGUAUUCAGACGAACCCAAGAUUGAACACCGACGGGAUGUGCAUACUCAGCAGAACAGACAUCUUCCUCAUCCUGGUGAACACCUUCGGCUCCCUCCUGUUCGGGGUGUUCUCGUUGGUCAUGUUGGUCGACCAGUACGUCGCGGUUAGGACGAACACGACAGGGAUAGAGUACCUGAAGAACCAACGCGGAGAAAUGAGGCCCUUCCGAGAGUCACUCGUGGACGUGUUUGGCCAGCCAUUCUGCUGCCUCUGGUACAGCGACGAUUAA